AAAACAAUGAAUAGCGAUUGACUGAAAAAUAGUUAUGAUUUGAGAAGUGUCGUUUCGUUUUAUCUCGAUAAGAAAUGUUAUCGCUAAAUCAUUAUUCUUAAUUAAUUAUCUAACUUUAUACUAUGCAGUAUUAGCAAAAUAUAAUCUGAAUGUUUUAAUUAAUAGCAGUUUUAAAUUAUGGAAACAAUAAGUGCAUCGCCUGUGCAAAAUAAUUCUUCCGAAUUAGAGGGCUCGAGAGUGUCUAGCCCUAGUAAUAAUAUUCGUCGAAACUAUGAAGGCCUUUCGUCAAGGUCUGCCAAUACUUCCGCAGAAAUCACACAAUUUGAAGAGAAAAUGCGACGCAAACUACAGUUUUUCUUUAUGAAUCCGAUAGAGAAAUGGCAAGCGAAACGCAAGUUUCCUUAUAAGUUCAUGGUACAAGUGAUAAAAAUAGUAUUGGUAACUUUCCAACUGUGUUUGUUUGCGCAUAACAGGUAUAAUCAUGUGAACUACACAUGGGACAACCGUAUCAGCUUUUCCCAUCUGUUUUUACUUGGUUGGGACUCUACUAGAGAGAUCAAUGCAUACCCACCAGGAGCUGGUCCUCUAGCUGUAUAUAAGCUAAAUGAAUUUUAUGAUACUCUUGAUUUUGCAUUCAAUGGAUAUGCUAAUCUUUCUAAUGCAAUUGGUGCUUACUCAUACAAUGAUGAAAAUAAUAACAUGCCUGAUCCAAUUUUCUGUCUAUACAAUUAUAAACAAGGCAUUAUUAAUGGAUUUAAUGAAAGUUAUGAAUUCAAUUCUGAAAUCAUCAAGACUUGUACUAACUUUACAAAAAGUGAAGGACUCUUCAAAUCACAACAAAAUAUUGAUGAUGCCGGUAUGAAGAUUAAUUUUGAUGCUUUAGUGCGAGCUACAUUAUCAUUUUCUGUGAAAACCAUUAAUUUCCGAGCAGCAGGGCCAAUCACUCCACCUGAUUGUUACAGAUUUGAUGUUGAUAUUGUAUUUGAUAAUGAAGACCAUGAUGGCCAGAUGUCGUUAACACUAGAAGCUGAACCUUACAAACUAGUAUGCAAAGGAGAUCAAGCAUAUAUAACUGAUAAUCAAAUUGAUCAAAUAUUAAGAAGCAUUUUGAAUAUUUUUGUUAUAUUAAUAUGCAGUGCAUCCCUGAUUCUUUGUAGUAGGGCAAUUUAUAGAGCUCAGCUUUUGAAAGAAUUGACAGUUCAAUUUUUCCAUAAAGCAUAUAAUAAACAUUUAAGUUUGGAUGGACGGUUAGAGUUCCUCAAUAUUUGGUACAUAAUGAUAAUAGUAAAUGAUAUACUAAUAAUAAUGGGUUCUGCAAUUAAAGAACAAAUUGAAAGGAAUCAAUUUACAAAUGACCAAUGGAAUGUUUGUUCUCUGUUUCUUGGUACAGGAAAUUUAUUAGUUUGGUUUGGAGUUUUACGUUACCUAGGAUUUUUCAAGACAUAUAAUGUUGUUAUACUUACUCUGAAAAAGGCAGCCCCAAAAAUAUUCCGAUUUUCAUUCUGUGCUUUGCUUUUGUACGCAGGUUUUAUGUUUUGUGGGUGGCUUAUAUUAGGACCAUAUCACAUGAAAUUCAGAUCACUUGCAACAACAUCUGAAUGUCUUUUCUCAUUAAUUAACGGUGAUGAUAUGUUUGCUACGUUCUCAAUCAUGUCUAAGAAGUCUCCAAUGUUGUGGUGGUUUAGCCGGGUCUAUCUUUAUUCAUUCAUAAGUCUUUACAUAUAUGUUGUAUUGAGUUUAUUCAUCUCUGUUAUUAUGGAUGCCUAUGAUACUAUAAAACAGUAUUAUCAAGAAGGUUUUCCAAAAAGUGAUUUGCAACAAUUCAUUGGUGAGACGAACAUCAAUGAUGUUUCAUCUGGUAUUUACAGAACACACAGUUCUACAUCUUUAAAUGCUUUUAUGAAUUCAUUAUUUUGUUGCAAUGUAUACAGAAGUGCAUACUCCAAGAUUGGAGGAAGUUCAACUCUUAACAUACUUUAAGUAACUCAAAAUAGCAAGUAGCAAAUUGUAAAUAAAAUUAUGUUUUGUACUUUGUGUAUAGCAUUUUAAUUAUUAUUGAAGAGUUACCAAACAAGCCAUCCAAAGAGAUUAUAGGAUUUUAUGGGUGGAUAAAUAUUUUAUCAUUAUAUUUUAGUAUACUUAAGAUAAGUAUAAAUUAUAUUGAGUAUUUGGAAAUACUGUGAUGUGCUUCAUUUUUGUAAUAAAGCAUGUUUAUUAUCA